AUGCACAUUUCAGAGUUCCUCGCACAGACUAAAAAUGACAGCACUGAUGGAACAGAGAUAGUUCCCUCACAGGUUGGGGCAGCUUAGCCAACAGGCACUUCAAAGGAUGGUGCCAAACCUGAAGAUAAGAUUAGUGAGGAAAACUUCCCCAAGGAACCACUAGAAAGAUUUACAUUUUUUCAGAUAAACAGAGAUUCCCAAAGCACAGACACACUGUUGACCAGCAAGAUCAUCAGUAAAUCAUCACCCUUAGAGGAAACAGAGAGGCAAAAAUCAUCACAUAUUCUUGAACAGCUGAAGAUGCAGGGAAUAAUUAUGAGCCGUACCACUGCCAGAACUGGAGAAGCAUAUGAGAACAAGGGAGAUGCCCUGGAAGAGACACUGAAGAAACCCCAGCUAGGCUGGAAACAAGGAAAAACGGCUCACCAAAUGACAAGGAAACAGACUGAAAAGGACUGCACAAGUUUUGAAAGUCAAGGAGGUACAAACCCUCAGUCCUCACCUUUAGAUGGUGAGCCAGGGCUGCUGCUGAAGGAAGUAACUGCAGUGGAAGCCACAAACAAUUAUACUGAGGACUCUGUCAUUGAGCCGGUAACUUACAGCUGUGCCAAUGAAUCAGUAUGGAUCUAA